CUAUGAAGUAUCAUCAGUGAUUGCUUAUUCUAUACCAUUGCAAUAAAUAGCAUUGAUUUUAUUCAUUUUAACCCCAUAUUGAUUUUGAAGCAUACAACUUAAUUCCGUGUUGUGUUAUGUUAUAUAACAAAUCACGUGAAUCCGAGUUAAAAUGAGUAGAUACAGCAAUUUUGGUUUUAACUGUACUUCAGACUUUCGCUUGUCAAACACAACAAUUCCUUUCAGGCAGACAUGGAAGCAUUUCAGUGAGGUAUUGUGCUCAUGCAGAAUGUCAAGAAAUAUGUCUAAUCAUCUAGAAAGAACAGCAGAUGUCAGGAGGGCAGAGGUAACAUCUGAUGCCUCUGUCAUACAGAUUCAAGAUAUUUCGCCUACAGUGAAGGCUUUGAAGCUCCAAGUAAAGAAUGAAAAUUUUUCUUUUAUGGCAGGGCAAUGGGUUGACUUUUUUAUUCCCAAUUUGGAUGUAGUUGGUGGAUUUUCAAUGUAUACAAGUCCAAGAAUGCUAGAAAAAUCAAAGGUUUUAGGUCUUGCUGUCAAGUAUAGCACCCAUCCUCCUGCUCACUGGAUUCAUAAAAAGUGCAAAGUUGGUGACAUUGUGUCAUUGAAAGUUGGUGGGGAAUGUGUUUGGGAUCCCAGAAGCCCUGGAAGUAGGAAAAAUACCUUACUUAUAGCUGGUGGCAUUGGCAUAAAUCCAAUUUUUUCAAUCUUGCAACAUAUAGAAGAUUCAAAGUCUUCUUUUAAUGAGAAUGGUCAUGAUGUAGGCAAAUCUGUGCUACUGUACUCUUCCAGUACAACAGAUGGAUUGAUUUUCAAGAAAGAGCUUGACUUGCUAAGUAAUAAAUCACCAACAAUAUCAUGCCAUUUUUCCACUACAAAGGAAGCUAAUGGCAAAAGAAUAAAUGCAGUGGAUGUUUCAAAUGCUUUGAAGACACUGUCUACUGGUAAACAAGGUGUACAAUGCUUUCUUUGUGGGCCUCCUCCAAUGAUUCAAAAUAUGAUUCAAAUCUUAAAGGAGAAUGGAGUUAACUCUACUGACAUUAAUUAUGAACAAUGGUGGUGAAUAGUGAAUUCUAGUUAUAGCAUUAUCAAUUAUAGUUUUUACCAAUGUGGAACUUUUUUAUGAUCCCUAAAGCUGAAUUCACACUAGACAUGUUUCUUGAGCUGUCCAAACAAGGUUCUCAUUUUUGAAAAAUUGUGCAUAAAGUGUUUUUUAGGACAAUGUGUCAUAAUGUGGGAAAAUUGUAUUUACCAAGUUUUGUUUGCUUUUAAAAUCACAGAGAAGUGGGAAGCAUGACCAUUCUAUUGAAAACAUUCAAAUGGCGUUCCAUUGAAUUGCUGCUGAGCCUAUAUCAGUAUUUCAAAUGCUAUUUCAUACAACUAUUCUUUAAGUGAGGAAAAUUAACAAAGAAUGCUUCCCUCGAAGCCCCUUAAAUCAGAAUUAUGCUGACCCUAUACAGUGCCGUCAGAACAAAAUUCAUAUUGGUGGGGGGGGGGGGGGCAGACAGGGGGCUGCCCAUUGUUUUCCUUCUCAUUCAGUACACUAUUAUAGAGGAAACAUACCACAGUUUGACAAUUAUUGGGGCUCCAGGCCCCCAGUUCUGAUGGGUCUGUCAUAAACCAAAAAACGUCAAACGUAGAUCGAGACAUACAUAGUUAGUUGAAAUACAAAGAGCAUAUCCAAGUUUCCGCUUCAAGGAGCCUUUAAUUCUUUAGUUUGCAUUUUUCAAAUUUGCACGACCUAACCCAAAAUCAACUCAAUCUUACUGCAAUUGUGUGUUUUUUUAAAACAAAACACAAUGACACAGUCAAUGUGAACAGUUGAAUUCAAUUCUUGAAAAAAAUGCUAUAUGACAUGUGGCUGCUAGUGUGAAUUCAGCCUAAGGUUAUCAAAUGUCAAAUUAAAGAUUAGAUUAUUUUACUCAAAUUAGUAUUAAUCAAUACAAUUUCCUAUGACAAAUUUUGACACUAUAAAGUUGCUAGAUCCGAUAAAAUGGAAGGUUGUUCAACAUUUUUUUAAAGUAUUGGGACCACAUGCCUCCUCUUGCUAUUUCAGAUGGUAUUUCUUGUGUGUAUUGUAAUGAUUUGUGGUUUCUUUUUAUUUUGUAUGCUGAGUCAAAUCUUCUGUUAUAAUGUUACUUAAUUUUAUGUGUACUUUCACAUACAAAUUAAAUAGUGUUUAUAGUUGUUUUUGUUUUAUUGUUACCCUGUGACAUAUUUUGUAAAACCUUUGGGAACAGUUUGUUGUAAAUAAAUACACACAUUUUUAAUGUUGUUCAGACUUAGUUUUAAAGAAAAAGUUGUUUCUCUGGCCUAUGAUCUUGGUUGUUACCAAAGUCAAUAGAAAAUAUUUUACAUUGACUACGUUGUUAUAGGGAUCAAGGGCAAUUAAGACUAUUAAUGUUUUGUCGUUUUUAUGACAUUGACCCCAAAUAAGAGCAACAAUAGUACAAAUGAAAAAAUUUUCAUCUAACUGGAUU